ACCUAAAUGCUAUGGUUUUGGCAACUGUCAAAAAUUUUGCAAAAUUUUAUUAAGAUAAGUGCAAAUAUUAAUAAAACCUAUUCCACUCAAGUCCUUUUUUAAUACACAAGAUUUCCUGAAUUUGUGGCAUUAAAAUAUUGAUCAAUCAUGAAUAAUUUGCUGGAGGUGGUUUUUGUAAGCGAUGAUUCCGGUCAAAACAACACAAGUGUUUAUGAUCCAAACACUUGCACAAUGGUUAUGAGUUACAAAGGCGGCAAUCUAGCCUCUCCUCGUACAGUUUCCUUAAUAAACCACAACUAUCUAAUAGCAGCUGACCGUGUAAAACCUUUACUAAACGUCUGGCCUAUUAACAGUCAAGAAACCGUGCAGGGUUUGCGCAUGAUAUGCCCGGGACGAGUUGGAGCCCUAGACGUCACCCCCAAAGGCAUAUACUUAGCAGCAGGUAUCGAGGAUAAGUUGCACAUAUGGCAUGCGAGUACAGGCCGUCUUGCUAGUGUGAUAUCACGCCAUUACCAGCCUAUAUCUUGUGUCAAAUUUACUGAUGACGGUAGCUUUUUGAUUACUGCCGGUCAAGACGGUGUGAUAUUGGUAUGGAAUUUUGCUUAUUUAAUCCAAGUUGUUGGUGCGAAUGAGAGGACACAAGAACCUUUGUAUUCAUUUUCUGAUCACACUUUACCAGUAACGGAUAUUUUUGUCGGCCGUGGAGGCUUGAAUACACAAUUAAUAUCAGUUUCUAAAGAUCGUACUUGCAGAAUCUAUGAUUUGACACGGGGUGUGUUAUUAAAUUCUGUUAUCUUCAAAAAUGCUUUGACUUCAGUCACCAUGGACUUUUUGGAACAGUCUGUAUUUGUGGGAGAUGCUGAAGGAAAGAUUUAUCAAUUUUUCUUAUGCAGUGCUCCAAAUGUUGUCGAAGGUGAAUCUACAGAUAUGUGUUUCACCGGACACGAAAGCACAGUAUCUUGUUUAUCCACGUCUGCAGAUGGGCAAACUUUGAUGUCCGGUGGACAGGACAGUAAAGUAAUAUUUUGGCACAUCCCAAGCAGAAAAAUGAUUAGAAAAAUAAUGUUAAAAGGCGCAGUUAGUAACGCAUUUUUUGCACCAGCACCGUCAAAUAUGUUCUCAAAUGAAUUCAAACCGCAACCUAUCGGUUCCUUAGCAAAAACCCUAAAUCUAUCUGAGGAAUCUCCAUUUAUCAUAGAAGUUUUGAACACAAAUCGAAGUAUGUUUAAUUCAAAUGAAUUGUUACUGAAUUCGGGAAAUACAGAGAGCGGAGUUUCUAAUUAUCAAGAAAAGCAAGAAAUGGAAAGACUAGAAUAUGUAAACAAAGACUUGUUCCAAGAGGCCAUGAAGGCAAUCUUAACUAAGGAAAAAUGUUAAUGAGACCAUCCAUAAAAAUAAUGCUCAUUCGUAUGUUUAUAAUUUUAAAUGUAAAAAACUUAUUUAUAAUAAUUUUUAUAAGAAACAUUAAAUACAACAAAAUUUUGAAAUAA